AGGCACUAUAUUGAAAAAAAAAUUGUAAACUUUUCAAAAAUUCGGCCAAAUAAAAUUUGGCCGUGACUUUUAAAACGUUACGGCCAGGAAAAUUUGUAUACGUCCAGAUUUGAGAAAUCUGGCCGUCAAAAAGGUCAAAUGGCAACCCUGCUAGGGUUUGCAGUAAGGGACUGACUAUACGUACAGCGGCUGUGUAUACAAUAAAAGUGGUUUUGUUAUAUGCACAGCAGGAUUUUUAAAGAUUAAAAAUAUGUUGCAUCAAACAAAUUAACAACAGAAAGCAAUAAAAUAAGCCACUGUGCGUAUAAGAUACACAAGUUCUUUAUAUACACAGCCGCUGUGCGUACAAGAUCCGUCCUGCCAAUUAUAUACACAGCCACUGUGCGUAUAAGAUCCGUGAAGUCCAUUAUAUACACAGCUGCUGUACAUAUAAGAUUAGUUCUGUACCUUAUAUACACAGCCGCUGUGCGUAUAAGAUCCGUUAGGCCAUUAUAUACACAGCCGCUGUGCGUAUAGCCUUGUCCUUGCAGUAAUUUUGCAUGACGUCACUAGAGUAAGCCACACCUCCCAUCCCUCGCCUGAUUUUUAAGUCGUUUGGUCGUAUUAGCAUUGACCUCGGCGAUGUGGUGUGGGUAAAAAGUGCAAAAGGAAAUUUUUGAACGAGGUCUUUUUGACAGUCAUUGAACCGAAAGUGUAGUCCAGUCCAGAAAGGAAAAACAGGAUGUUCAGGACUUUGUCUACUGUUAAGAACAAUGUCAAGUUUGCUUUUCUGUCCAUAGUGGGCAGAUAUCAGCAAACCUCCGCUGUCAGAUACCACUACUACAGCAGGCUGCUGGUCGGGAAAUUGGAGCCAUUUUCAAAUGUAAGGUUAAACUCCUCCAUAUCAACCUUCGAAUAUCAGAAAUUGGAACCACCUACUGCAAAAAUAACUUCAGCUGAUCUUGACGAUGAGGCUGGAAUGGUAAAUGUAACACUUUCGAAUAAUGAAACGCGUCAGUAUCCUUACGUCUGGCUGUAUGAUAAUUGUCAGUGUGAUGUUUGCAGGAACCAUACCUUUUCCAUUCGAGCAAGUUGUUUUACAACCCUUAACGUUGAUGUCAAACCUCAGCAUGUCCAGAAAAUGGAUGAAGGUUUGGAAGUGAGUUGGGGUGAUGGGCACUCGUUUUUGUUUCCAGAGAAGUGGAUUGUUUCGCAUACAUUUCCAGCAACGGUCAGUAACGAGGUCUUACCGUGGAGAGAGGUUGUUGAGUACUGGGGCAAUGAAAUGCAGAAUAGGGUGCCGACAUUCAAGUACAGAAGUCUUAUUGAGAGUAAUCAAGCCUUGAAUCAGUGGCUUGAGGCGAUAAAGGUUCACGGUAUUGCUCUUAUUCCGGAUGCUGGUUCAGACAUAGAAAAUCUCGAAAAAUUAGCAAUGAGAGUCGGCUAUCCAGUUCCAAGUAACUUUGGACAUUCUUUUGAAGUCCCCCAUUUUAGAGAGCCUAGUGAUGAACCGCAUGAAGCAGCAGCAUUGCCUCUUCAUACAGAUCUAGCGUUUGAACGAGUCCCUGAGAUCGUUAUGUUGCACAUGGUGAGGCAAGCAGGUGGUGGUGGAAGCAAUGAGUUUGUCGAUGGCUUUAAUGCAGCUAGCCAAUUACGAGAACAAGACCCAGAAGCCUUUCACAUUCUGACCACUACGAAUGUUAUGUCAACGUACCUAGUUUCUGAAAAUCCAUCUUUCUAUCGAAGUUUCUGUCCAGUUAUUAGCGUAGAUGAUGACAACCAGAUUGUGACUGUUCGUUUCAGCAACCAUACCCGUGACCCGGAAUUACCGCUGCCAGCUGAUAAAGUGAAAGCAUUCUACAAAGCUCUGAAAAAAUUUCAUGAGCUACUAAGCCAUCCAAAGAAUUCUGAAAAAAUUUCAUGA